AUGAACAACGGAAGGGGAGAGGCAGAGGUCCUCACAACUUUCAGCGAUGGCUACUCAUACUCCAAAACUAAGCUCGAAGAGAGCUUGCGCCAUGUCUUGGCGCUCAAACUCGCCAAGUCCACCAAAGACGCUGCUAUCAUGAAACGAGAGGACGUCGAUCUCAUCGUGAAUGAACUGGGUAUUCCUAGAUCGCAAGCCGAGAAAGUGCUCUCGGAAAGCGGGGGCGAGCUCGAAAAGGCCCUCCGUGCGCUCGUCAUGAGCUAA